GCAACGGGAAGUAAAAGAGGAAGCGAUUAUCAGGUGAGGAAAGCGGGAGAUAUAGCGUGACCUCAUUUUUGAACGGUCAACCGACGUGAAAAGUGGAAACAUCGAGGGUCAACAACUGAGUAUAUAAUAAUAAUAAUAACCAUAUGUUAAUAUUGUCUGGUUAUUUAUCGAUUACUGGUUACAUUUGAAAACGAUUAACUGUUGUCAUUGGCAUGGAGGCAUUGUUUACAUUGGAUUAUAUCACCAAUAGUUAUCAACUCCCAACAACAAAAGAGAAGAUAAAAUUCUGUCGAUAUAAAUCUGUGACAGGAUUACUGUAAAAUAAUUCGGAACUAAGACGAAUGGUUACAAUUGUUUUAAUUACUGCCUGAAAUGUCUGGAAGAUAAUUUUACUAAUUAAAUACAAAUUUCAAAUACAGGAGUGCUUGUAACGGCUGUACUGAAAGAUCGCAGUUGGUGGAAGUAUAGCUGUAGAAAUAUAAAUAUUUAUAAGGAAUCCUCUAAAAGGAGACGAAAGAGAAUAUUGUCAGAGAAGAAGAAUUAUGGCAAAUGUAUUUUGUGAGGACAAGGAUGAAUUUAAAAUGCCAUCUGAAAGUUCUGAUUCUCUGGACAGUAAGAAAAAAGAAACCAAGAAAAUAACAUACCAGUGUCAAAUCUGUAACAAGAUAUUUUCUAAAAAAUAUAGACUCAGUUUGCACACCCGUACUCAUACAGGGGAAAAGCCAUAUAGCUGUGAUAUCUGUGGUAAAUCUUUCUCUGUAAAAUGGAACCUCACAAUACACAAACGUUUUCAUACAGGCGAGAAACCACAUGGCUGUGUUAUCUGUGGUAAAUCAUUCUUCCACGUUAGUCACUUGAGUCGGCACAAACGUAUUCACACAGGUGAGAAACCAUAUCACUGUGAUAUCUGUGGCGAUUCGUUCUCGCAAAAAUACCAGUUAGAUGUACACAUGCAUAAUCAUACAGGUGAGAAACCAUAUCACUGUGAUACCUGUGGUAAAUCUUUCUCCCAAAAACAAACUUUAACUGCUCACAAACGUGUUCAUACAGGAGAGAAACCAUAUCAGUGUGAUAUCUGUGGUAAAUCAUUCUCUGUGAAGUUUAAUCUCACUGUACACAGACGUUUUCAUACAGGAGAAAAACCAUAUGACUGUGAGAUCUGUGGUAAAACAUUUUCUCAUAUUAGUCACUUAAGUAAACACAAAGGUGUUCAUACAGGUGAGAGACAAUAUCACUGUGAAAUCUGUGGUAAUUCAUUCUCUCGAAGGCAGCGGUUAAUUGAUCAUAGACAUACUCAUACAGGUGAGAAACCAUAUCACUGUGAUGUCUGUGGUAAAUCUUUCUCUCAGAAUGGUAACUUAGCUACUCAUAAACGUAUUCAUACAGGUGUGAAUCCAUAUCACUGUGAUAUCUGUGGUAAAUCGUUGUCGACAAGAACAUAUGUAACUGUGCACAAACGCAUUCAUACAGGUGAGAAGCCAUUUCAGUGUGAUACCUGUGGUAAAUCGUUCACUCAAAAUGGCGAGUUAGUCUCUCACAAACGUAUUCAUACAGGUGAGAGGCCAUAUCACUGCGAGAUCUGUAAUAAAUCAUUCUCUCAAAGGCAUCACUUAACUAAACACAAACGUAUUCAUACAGGAGAGAAACCAUAUCAUUGUGAUAUCUGUGGUAAAUCAUGCUCAGAGGAAAAUAAUUUAGCUGAUCACAAAUGCGUUCACACACUAGAGAAACCAUAUCAUUGAUUUCUGUGGUAAAUCAUUCUCACAGAAAAGCCACUUAACUAUACUUGUAGGAACAUAAACAAGCCAACACCAGUUGUCAAGUGGUGAUGGGGGUACAAAAACACAGAGAUAUAUACAAGACAGGCUUCUUUUAGUUUCCAUCUACCAAAUCCACUCACCAGGCUAUAGUAAAAGACACUUGCAUAAGAUGCCACACGGUGGGACUGAACCCAGAACCAAGUGGUUAGGGAGCUGCAUCUGUACCUAUAUUUAGGAGAUUUUAUUCCAUAAAAUCUUAAAAUAAAAUACUUUCUGAAAAUUGCAAAUAAAUGUUUUAAACUUGUUUUGAUAUUUUUUUUAACACAGUGUUCCAAAAAUUGGUACUCUCAGUUUUUGCCCUUUCACGCUUUUGAUAUUCUGCCCUGUUUUGCAGCCUUUUAUUCCCCCUUAUGAGUAGUACCUUAUUUUUACCAAAUAAAGGAUGUCUUGCUAA